CUUGGUUUCAGGGAGCGGUCAUUAGACCUAGACUACAUGCGUGUGAUCCGUCUAUAUCUCGACACGGCCGGUCAUUGGCCGAACGAACAAUUCGGACCCAAAACCAUGCGUACACGCAUCCUGUCCAUAUAUCAUAAGUUAAUGUUGACAAUACUCGUGUAUGCAGAGAUUUCAGCGUUGUGUUUAAUCAGAGUCAGAAUGACAACUCAUGAUUUUAUUGAUUUGGGACAAGAUUAUUUGUCCAUUUUUAUGUCCUUCGUAAUGAUUACAAGAAUGACACUAAUAGUUCAAGGGAAAUAUUGUUCACUUAUUAAAAACUUCGUUUCAAAAUUUCAUUUACUGGAACAUAAGCAUGAAUCUGAAUUGGCCGCUAAGGAGUAUCGUAAGGUCAACAAAAUUUGCCGGAUUGCGACCAUUGCGAUAUUGUUGGAGUGCCUCCUCGGGCAAGUGAUGUUCAACGCAGUCCCAAUAUAUGUAAACAUACAAGCAGGCUUGUUCACAGACCGUGCCCGUAGACCACCAAAUGUGACCUUCGUUCACUCUGUAAACUAUUAUUUCAUCAUAGACCAAUACGAGGAUGCGAUUGGUUAUACCGUGGUCUCUUUUUUAAACGCUUACAUUUCAUACAUUUGUGGCGUUGCGUUCUGUGGCUUAGAUCUGUUGAUUUAUAUAAUUGUCUUUCACAUAUUGGGUCAUUUUAACAUACUGGUGGAUAAAAUGAGAAGUUUUCCGACUCCAAAAAGUUUUCCUGAUGAAUCUGAAGAAUCUUCUGAGCGACAAUAUAAUGAAGAAGCAUUUAAAAUUUUGAAGAAUUUAAUACAACACGAUCAGUUGAUUAAGGAAUUCUUGAUCGUCACAUCAAAUACGUUUGAUAUCACCCUGUGUCUAUGUCUGUUGUUCCAUCUAGUUUCUGGAUGCAUUUCGCUUCUAGAAAUUUCUCCGAUGACUGCUGAGGCGCUGACACGAUACGGUCCCUUGAUAUUCAUAUUGUAUACUCAGCUGAUACAGAUGUCGAUCAUUUUUGAACUCAUCAACUCCAAGAGUAACACCCUCUCAGACGAAGUGUACGCGCUGCCGUGGGAGCUGAUGGACGAGAGGAACAGGAAGACCGUGUUACUCUUCCUCGUGAACGUGCAGCGGCCCAGCAGUCUGAAGGCCGGCGGUCUGGUGCCUGUUGGCGUGCUUACUAUGUCUCAGAUUAUAAGAAACUCAUUAUCUUGUUUCUUAAUGUUAAGGACACUUGGAAAUGUAUAAUGGUAUAAAUGUGGUACUAACAAUUAAC